AUGGCGCAGAGGUCUGGACAGGAAGAUCCAGAGAGGUAUCUCUUUGUGGAUAGGGCUGUAAUCUACAACCCUGCUACCCAGGCUGACUGGACUGCUAAAAAACUGGUAUGGAUUCCUUCUGAGCGCCAUGGCUUUGAGGCAGCCAGCAUCAAGGAGGAAAGAGGAGAUGAAGUGUUGGUUGAACUGGCAGAGAAUGGAAAGAAAGCAAUGGUCAACAAAGAUGAUAUUCAGAAGAUGAAUCCCCCCAAGUUCUCUAAAGUGGAAGAUAUGGCGGAAUUAACCUGCUUAAAUGAAGCCUCUGUAUUGCAUAAUUUGAAGGACCGAUACUACUCUGGACUCAUCUAUACUUAUUCUGGACUGUUCUGCGUAGUCAUAAAUCCCUACAAGAACCUCCCAAUUUAUUCGGAAAAUAUCAUUGAGAUGUACAGAGGGAAGAAACGUCACGAAAUGCCACCACACAUUUAUGCAAUAUCUGAAUCUGCAUAUAGAUGCAUGUUGCAAGACCGUGAGGACCAAUCAAUUCUUUGCACAGGUGAAUCUGGUGCUGGGAAGACCGAAAACACCAAGAAAGUUAUUCAGUACCUUGCUCAUGUUGCUUCCUCCCAUAAAGGAAGAAAGGACCAUAAUAUUCCACCCGAAUCACCUAAACCCGUGAAACAUCAGGGGGAGCUGGAACGUCAGCUUCUGCAGGCGAACCCCAUUCUGGAAUCCUUUGGGAAUGCAAAGACUGUGAAAAAUGACAACUCUUCCCGUUUUGGCAAGUUCAUUAGAAUUAACUUCGAUGUUACGGGUUAUAUUGUUGGGGCCAACAUCGAGACCUAUUUGUUGGAAAAGUCUCGCGCUGUUCGUCAGGCCAAAGAUGAACGAACAUUUCAUAUAUUCUAUCAACUGCUCUCUGGGGCAGGAGAACACCUAAAGUCUGACUUGCUGCUUGAAGGAUUUAACAAUUACAGAUUUUUGUCUAAUGGCUAUAUCCCCAUUCCUGGGCAGCAAGACAAGGAUAACUUUCAGGAGACUAUGGAAGCCAUGCACAUCAUGGGCUUUUCUCAUGAGGAAAUCUUGUCAAUGCUGAAGGUGGUGUCGUCAGUACUACAAUUUGGUAACAUUUCUUUCAAGAAGGAAAGAAACACUGAUCAGGCCUCCAUGCCAGAAAAUACAGUUGCACAGAAACUCUGCCAUCUACUGGGAAUGAAUGUAAUGGAAUUUACUCGAGCUAUACUUACGCCACGCAUUAAAGUUGGCAGAGACUACGUUCAGAAAGCCCAAACCAAAGAACAAGCAGACUUUGCAGUGGAAGCCUUGGCAAAAGCCACUUAUGAACGCCUCUUCCGCUGGCUUGUUCACCGCAUUAAUAAAGCUCUGGAUAGGACCAAACGACAGGGAGCUUCUUUCAUUGGCAUUCUGGAUAUCGCUGGAUUUGAAAUCUUUGAGCUGAACUCUUUUGAGCAACUUUGUAUCAACUACACCAAUGAGAAGUUGCAGCAAUUGUUCAACCACACCAUGUUUAUCCUGGAACAAGAAGAGUACCAGCGGGAGGGCAUAGAAUGGAACUUCAUUGAUUUUGGACUGGAUCUGCAACCCUGCAUUGAUUUAAUAGAAAGGCCUGCAAACCCACCUGGUGUACUGGCUUUGCUGGAUGAAGAAUGUUGGUUCCCUAAAGCUACUGACAAGACAUUUGUGGAAAAAUUGGUCCAAGAACAAGGAACCCACUCCAAAUUCCAAAAACCACGGCAGCUAAAGGACAAGGCUGACUUCUGCAUUAUUCAUUAUGCAGGGAAGGUAGACUACAAAGCAGAUGAGUGGCUGAUGAAGAACAUGGACCCUCUGAAUGACAAUGUGGCUACCCUUUUGCAUCAGUCUUCUGACAAAUUUGUUGCAGAGCUUUGGAAGGAUGAGAUUCAGAAUAUUCAGAGAGCAUCUUUCUAUGACAAUAUUACUGGUCUUCAUGAUGCACCAGUGGACCGUAUUGUGGGCCUGGAUCAAGUCACUGGUAUGACAGAGACUGCUUUUGGCUCUGCAUACAAGACCAAGAAGGGCAUGUUUCGUACUGUUGGGCAACUGUACAAGGAAUCUCUCACCAAACUGAUGGCAACUCUCCGAAACACUAAUCCCAACUUUGUUCGCUGCAUCAUUCCAAACCACGAGAAGAGGGCUGGAAAACUGGAUCCACACCUGGUUUUAGAUCAGCUUCGCUGUAAUGGUGUCCUGGAAGGAAUAAGGAUUUGUCGACAAGGCUUUCCAAACAGGAUAGUGUUCCAGGAAUUCAGACAGAGGUAUGAGAUCCUUACUCCUAAUGCAAUCCCUAAGGGGUUUAUGGAUGGCAAGCAGGCUUGUGAACGAAUGAUCAGAGCAUUGGAGCUGGACCCCAACUUGUACAGAAUUGGGCAGAGCAAGAUUUUUUUCCGAGCUGGUGUCUUGGCACAUUUAGAAGAAGAACGGGAUCUGAAGAUCACAGACAUCAUUAUCUUCUUCCAAGCCGUCUGCAGAGGAUACCUGGCCAGAAAGGCCUUUGCAAAAAAACAGCAGCAGUUAAGUGCAUUAAAAGUCCUGCAGAGGAAUUGUGCAGCAUAUCUAAAACUAAGGCACUGGCAGUGGUGGAGAGUCUUCACAAAGGUGAAGCCUCUUCUGCAGGUUACUCGACAGGAAGAAGAACUUCAGGCCAAGGAUGAGGAGCUGCUGAAGGUGAAGGAAAAACAGACAAAAGUGGAGGCAGAACUUGAGGAGAUGGAGAGGAAACAUCAACAGGUUUUAGAAGAAAAGAACAUUCUUGCGGAGCAGCUGCAGGCAGAGACAGAGCUGUUUGCUGAAGCUGAGGAGAUGAGAGCCCGUCUGGCCGCCAAAAAACAAGAGUUAGAAGAAAUUCUGCAUGAUCUGGAAUCCAGGGUUGAGGAGGAAGAGGAAAGGAACCAAGGCUUGCAAAAUGAAAAGAAAAAGAUGCAGGCACAUAUUCAGGACCUAGAAGAGCAACUUGAUGAGGAAGAAGGAGCUCGACAGAAGUUGCAGCUUGAAAAGGUAACUGCUGAAGCUAAAAUCAAGAAGAUGGAAGAAGAGAUCCUACUUCUAGAGGACCAAAAUUCCAAAUUUUUGAAGGAAAAGAAACUAACGGAGGAUAGAAUUGCUGAGUGCACCUCUCAGCUGGCUGAAGAAGAAGAAAAGGCCAAAAACUUGGCCAAACUCAAGAACAAACAGGAAAUGAUGAUCACAGAUUUGGAAGAGCGUUUGAAAAAGGAAGAGAAGACCCGUCAAGAACUGGAAAAAGCUAAAAGAAAACUUGAUGGAGAAACAACAGACCUUCAGGACCAAAUAGCUGAGCUGCAAGCCCAGAUUGAAGAGCUAAAGAUCCAACUAGCCAAGAAAGAAGAGGAGCUGCAGGCUGCUCUUGCCAGAGGUGAUGAAGAAGCAGUUCAGAAGAACAAUGCACUGAAACUAAUACGAGAGUUGCAAGCUCAGAUUGCAGAACUCCAGGAGGACCUUGAAUCUGAGAAGGCAUCACGCAACAAGGCUGAAAAGCAGAAGAGAGACCUAAGUGAGGAGCUGGAGGCACUGAAGACUGAGCUGGAAGACACCUUGGAUACCACUGCAGCACAGCAAGAAUUGAGGACAAAGCGUGAGCAGGAAGUGGCUGAAUUGAAGAAAGCUAUUGAAGAAGAAACCAAGAACCAUGAAGCUCAAAUACAGGAAAUCAGACAAAGACAUGCUACUGCACUGGAGGAGCUCUCUGAACAACUUGAACAGGCCAAAAGGUUCAAAGCAAAUCUUGAAAAGAACAAGCAAGGCCUAGAGACUGACAACAAGGAGCUAGCCUGUGAGGUGAAGGUAUUGCAGCAGGUCAAAGCAGAGUCUGAGCACAAGAGGAAGAAGCUAGAUGCUCAGGUACAGGAACUACAUGCCAAAGUGUCAGAAGGAGAGAGGAUUAGGGCAGAGCUGGCAGAAAAGGCUAACAAACUGCAGAAUGAGCUGGACAAUGUCUCAAGCCUCCUGGAGGAAGCAGAGAAGAAGGGCAUAAAGUUUGCCAAAGAUGCGGCAGGUCUGGAGUCUCAACUUCAAGAUACACAGGAGCUUCUUCAGGAGGAAACCCGCCAGAAAUUGAACUUGAGCAGUAGGAUUAGGCAGCUGGAGGAAGAGAAGAACAACCUACAGGAGCAGCAGGAAGAGGAGGAAGAGGCCAGGAAGAACUUGGAGAAACAGAUGCUCGCCCUGCAAUCGCAGCUGGUUGAUGCCAAGAAGAAGGUAGAUGACGACAUGGGAACUAUUGAAGGUUUGGAGGAAAAUAAGAAGAAAUUGCUGAAGGAUAUGGAGGCUCUGAGCCAACGUCUAGAGGAGAAGGCAAUGGCUUAUGAUAAACUAGAAAAGACCAAGAAUCGCCUGCAGCAGGAGCUGGAUGACUUGAUAGUGGACCUGGAUCAUCAGCGCCAAAUUGUCUCCAACUUGGAGAAAAAACAGAAGAAGUUUGAUCAGAUGCUGGCGGAAGAAAAGAACAUUUCUGCUCGCUAUGCAGAGGAGCGGGACCGGGCAGAGGCAGAGGCUAGAGAGAAGGAGACCAAGGCACUGUCUCUGGCACGAGCUUUGGAAGAAGCCCUGGAGGGUAAAGAAGAAUUUGAGAGGCAGAAUAAGCAGUUGCGUGCAGAGAUGGAGGACUUAAUGAGCUCCAAAGAUGAUGUGGGCAAAAAUGUCCAUGAACUGGAAAAGUCCAAGCGAACCUUAGAGCAGCAGGUUGAAGAGAUGAGGACCCAGCUAGAAGAACUGGAAGAUGAGCUUCAGGCGACAGAAGAUGCCAAGCUUCGCCUGGAAGUGAACAUGCAAGCUAUGAAGGCCCAGUUUGAGAGAGACCUACAGGCCAGAGAUGAACAGAAUGAAGAGAAGAAGCGGAUGCUGGUUAAACAGGUGCGGGAGCUUGAAACGGAACUGGAGGAUGAGCGCAAACAGAAGGCUCUUGCUGUGGCUUCCAAGAAAAAAAUGGAGAUGGAUCUCAAAGACCUUGAAGCUCAGAUAGAAGCUGCAAAUAAGGCUCGAGAUGAAGCAAUCAAACAGCUGCGCAAACUGCAGGCUCAGAUGAAAGACUAUCAGCGGGAGCUGGAAGAGGCCCGUGCAUCCAGAGAUGAGAUCUUUGCUCAGUCCAAGGAGAACGAAAAGAAGUUGAAAGGCCUUGAAGCAGAAAUACUCCAGCUCCAAGAGGAUCUUGCUGCCUCCGAAAGAGCUCGUCGCCAUGCUGAGCAAGAGAGGGAUGAGCUGGCUGAUGAGAUUGCAAACAGUGCUUCUGGAAAAUCAGCUUUGCUGGAUGAGAAGCGCCGUCUGGAAGCCCGUAUUGCACAGCUGGAGGAAGAACUGGAAGAGGAACAGAGCAAUAUGGAACUCCUCAAUGACCGGUUUAGGAAGACCACACUGCAGGUUGAUACGCUCAAUUCGGAGCUGGCGGGAGAACGGAGUGCUGCCCAGAAGAGUGAAAACGCACGCCAGCAGCUGGAGAGACAAAACAAAGAACUGAAAGCCAAGCUGCAGGAGCUGGAGGGAUCUGUGAAGUCUAAAUUCAAGGCAACCAUUUCUGCUCUGGAAGCUAAGAUUGGGCAGCUAGAGGAACAGCUUGAGCAGGAAGCAAAGGAAAGAGCAGCUGCUAACAAGCUGGUACGUCGUACAGAGAAGAAACUGAAAGAAGUCUUCAUGCAGGUGGAAGAUGAGCGUCGGCAUGCAGACCAGUACAAAGAACAGAUGGAGAAGGCUAAUGCCAGGAUGAAGCAGCUCAAACGCCAGCUGGAGGAAGCUGAAGAAGAAGCGACACGUGUGAAUGCCUCCCGUCGUAAACUUCAGCGUGAAUUAGACGAUGCCACGGAGGCCAAUGAGGGCCUUAGCCGGGAAGUCAGCACUCUGAAAAACAGGCUGAGGAGGGGUGGCCCGAUCACCUUCCCUUCAAGUCGAUCUGGUAGACGCCAGCUGCAUAUUGAAGGUGCUUCUCUGGAACUUUCUGACGACGAUGCAGAAAGCAAAGGCAGUGACAUCAAUGAAACGCAGCCCGCCCAAACCGAGUAG